UAUUAGUGCUCAUAAGAACACUAAGUUGAGAAGCAAGCAUGAUGCCAGUUGGGACGUAACACCAGAAAGAAGAAGAUUGCCAAUCACAGCAGUCUAUGAUUUUUCUCACUUUGUCCGUGACAUUCUCUAGGUUACAGUAACUCGAGCGAGAUGUUGCCUUGUCAAGAAAAUCCCAAUGUACAGAAUGAUUGCACGUUUGUUGCUUGGAAGCUGUGUGAUCGCAUUUGCCAUGCGUUGGAUUCGUAUCAAGCGUUCCAACUGAGGAAAACAUUCCAAGCGCAGGAUGUCUGCAGCACGGGAUACGUCUCGGGUUGCCAGUUUGCGAGUAUUCUUAGCUGUGCUCUGAAUGGAUGCCUCAGCGAUAACGACAUUUGCCGUUUGGCGGACUAUUUCAAGACCGACGAUGCUGCCGGAGUAGCAUAUGGGUAUUUUCUGGACGUCAUCAUGGGCGAAGAUGAACAGAACUCUUCUGGAAGAUCUAGACAAAAUAUCUCAAGUCAUGAACACCGGCGAUUAUCAUUGUUGUUGAUGGAAAUUGCCAAAACUUUACGAUUUCGCGAACAGGUUUUAAGACCUUAUUUUGAAGACUGUGACCUUAUCGCUCGGUACGGUGGUUCGGUAACGAUCGGUUACUUCAAACGGGUGUUGUAUUAUUUAGGAAUUACCUUGCGACGAUCUGAAUGUGAUCUACUUGUUAAACGCUUCAUGGUUGACAAUUAUAGAGUUGACUAUGAAUCGUUUGUAGAAGAGAUUGAUCAGCUAUUUCGUUAUUUGGAUGCCCAAGGACCAAUUGAUCGUCAGUGCGAUGCGGAGGUUCCACCGAAAGUAAUUGCCAUCGAACUAACAAAGGUAGAAAGACCUGAGGUUGAAAAUGUGAGAUUAGAUGAAAUAUUGCGGAAGAAUACAACAUAUCAUCCGUGCCUCAAACCUUCUCGAGCGCAAAGAGACUUUCAAGCAUUGAUGCUUCGCAUUCAGCGUUACGUUUGGGAAAACCGGAUUCGGAUUCGGGAGUUCUUUGAACAGUACGACCUGCACUGCUGUGGCUGGAUAAGCCGAAGUCAGUUCAUUCGAUCCAUGGAUGCGAUUGGGUUAUCCGGGUUAUUUAGACUUCCACUGACAGAUGGCGAAAUCAGAACAAUUUGCGAUCAUUAUCAAGACACACACAAUAAUAGCCGUAUUCGUUGGGCAUGCUUCACUGAUGAUGUUGACGAAGUAUUUACCAUCAAAAAUUUAGACAAAGGUUCAUAUAAAGACGUUGAGUCUCCUCUAAAAGAAGUAGGAAACAUACAUCUGCACGAAAAAACGCAUAUAACUGUUCCAGAACUGUUGGAUGAUGUUGUGAGAUGUGUCCGUAAUUUGGUGGAAACUAGACGGAUUUUGAUUAGACCGGCAUUCAGGGACUUUGACUCGCACAGAAAUGGUCACAUUUCUCGCAAUCAAAUGGGUGAAGCGCUCUCGAUGGCAGGUAUAUUCAUAACGGAAGAACAGCGUUACGCUCUGGAACAGCGAUACUCCGACGAUUUUGGGUUCAAUUACGUAGAGUUUCUACAAGAUGUUGAUCCAAUGCCUAAGAUUGCUUCAGCUUAUGAAGACAUGCAAAACCGAAUUGCUGCUCUGAAUAUGCAGACAUCUUCAACUACCUGCGACUUCGAGAAAGACAUCGUCCAGGUGUUGGCUAAGGUUAAGGGACAAGUUGUGCGCCGAAAACUGCGUAUAAUUGAUAAAAUGCAAGGAUUCGAUCCUCUUAACCAUUUCCGGAUCACGAAGAACCAAUUCGAAAGAGGGCUUUCAACGGCAAACAUCAACGUUACGCCAGCGGAAGUUUGCACUCUGGUAAAUAUGUUCAGAACACCACUACAGGAUACGGUGGACUAUAAAAGAUUCUGCGACACAAUAGCUGAAAUCGACUACCAAAGCAAACUCGAAAAAGCACCCUUGCUGGUUCCACUUAAGCAUUUCCCCUCGGAAAACGGAAUCCUAAACCAUCUGAAUUUCGAGGAACGCACGAUAGCAUCACGAACGCUACAAAAGUUGGCCCGAUACGCUGACGUGGUUUCUAACUUGAGCUCUCUACUUGAGGACUUUGAUCGGAAUCGGAUGGGCCUGGUCAAUCGCAAUCAAUUCAUCCGCGCACUGGCCACACGUGACCUGCACACAGCCAUCUCCAGUCGGGAGUUUGAUGUACUCUGCAAGUGUUUCGGCGUCGAGCUAGGUCACAGGCGAGAAAUAAACUAUCGAGCAUUGCUGAUGGCGCUGGAUUAUCUUUAUGCCAAUAAAGAAAAUCACCCGUUUUGAAGUGCCGGCGAUGGCAAGAUAAUUUUAUUUACAUUCUGGUCGUAUCAUUUGCACAUUCGUUUUGAUAUAAAUGAUUUGGACGUAUAAUAAAUUCCACCAUUGUAAGAUUCACUUGCCGGGCAGAACAUUCAUUCCUGACUACAAUAAAAUCGAAAGAAAAAUGUUCAAAAUUAUCGUCACUUGCGUAAGCCUUGCCGUAAUGCUGUACGCCCUAGAAGAAAAUUGUGAAUUAGAAAAAUGUCCAGUGUAUGGUGAAACGGAAACGGAACACGUGCUAACGCUUUUGCCUGUACCUUGGAAUUGCAGCGAGUACAUUAUGUGCGAUAGAGGAGUACAACAUAUUAGACCUUGCUCACCUGGGUUGCAUUUUAUUCCCAGUUUGCACGUGUGCGAAUUUCCAGAUCGCGCCACAUGUGUCGAAACGUGUUCCACUGUUCCUAAUGCGCAAAAUUGGUGAAAUCGCAAAUGAUUUUUAUUUUUUAUAAUUACAUAUAUUAUUUAUUCAAUAAAGCCUGAAAAUAUUUGCCAGUCAAA